AUGUUUGGUGCGUUUCGUCCGUCCUUAGUAAAUCAGGUUGGGUUGUUGUGGAAAACGCCAUGGAAACUCUCGCCGACGCGUAAAGCCAACGCCAGAGCGCGCCUGAAGAAAGUCGACUCUGUCAUAGAAGCAGUCCGCGCAAGUGGUGUUCAAUGUGCCGCUCUUAACACUGCUCUUCUGCUCCCCAAGGAACAUGAGAUGGAUCCAAGAGACAAGUACACCGUCUACAGCAGACACCAUCGGGGUUACCGCAAGGGCAUACAUAAGGUGCCCAAGUGGACGCGGACCACCAAUCGCGUCAACCCAUUGGGCUUCUAA